GUGAUGGAUCAAGCCAUGUUAGUUGGUGCUCCUGUAAUUGGAUUAAAUGAUUCUGGAGGAGCAAGAAUUCAAGAAGGGGUAGAAUCCCUUGCUGGUUAUGCUGAUAUCUUUCUUCGUAAUGUUGUGUCUUCUGGCGUCAUUCCUCAAAUAUCCGUAAUUAUGGGACCUUGUGCUGGUGGAGCUGUAUAUUCUCCUGCAUUAACUGACUUUGUUUUUAUGGUCAAAGAUACAUCUUAUUUAUUUAUUACUGGACCAGAUGUUGUUAAGGCUGUCACCAAUGAAGAUGUAACUCAGGAAGAACUUGGAGGAGCCAAAACACACACAACAAUAUCAGGUAAAGUGGUACUAAUUUAGUAUUACUUUUGCCAUAAAAUGUAUGUAUAUAAAGAUUGUUCAGAAGUUAGUUGAAAUGUUUGUUUCAUUUCAUCUUGUAUGUGAUUCUGUGAGUUUUGAAGAUCAUGAUGAUUUUUAACUGCAGAUUGCAAACACUCUAGCAUAAGUCGGCAAUUACAGUUGUAAUCAUCACAAUAAAACCAGUUUGUCAAAUAUUACAUCUGAAAUUCAUUCUUUAUGUAACAUUAUAAAUUUUUGUUUGCAUUUUUUAAAACAAAUUGUUCUGUUUAUUUACCAUGCAGUAUUGUAAAUAUAAUGUUUACAGUACUGCAUGCAGACUAUGCAUGUUAAUGCAUACAAGUCAACUGUUUGGUGAUCAGUAAGUCAUAUACAGUGGGUGAUCUGUUAAC